CCUCAUCGCUCACCAUCUCAAGAAAAAAAGAAAAAACAAAAAAAAGUAGUCUUUGUUAAUGAUUUCCUGUUUAGAGAAGAGAAAUGGCAGGGAUCGUAGCAACACAUAAAGAGAGGAGUCCUUUCUCUGCUUGUCUCCUUGCUGCGGCGGCCAAGGCUAAGUUCACCACGAGAGAGAUGCAGUACUACUCGUGAACUCACUCACUCACUCCUCUUCUCCUCCGAGAGCUCAUGGGAGAAUCCAACAACCUACUCUGCUACGAAGAUGGUGCGUUCUUGGACUUCUCCCUCACCGACGUCGCGCAGCUCCAUGGAGUCCUCGUCGCCUGCGACGAGGACUGCCUCGAGAAGCUCGAAUCAAGAGACUCCAUCUUCCGCUCGCAACACCCAAAGCCUUCCGACUAUUGCUCCAACCACUUCCGCUCCGAUGCCGUCGAGUGGAUCCUAAGAACUAAGUCCUGCUUCGGAUUCAGCUGCCGGACUGCUUACCUCGCCGUCGCUUACUUCGAUCGUUUCUUGGCGCAACGGAGCAUUGAGGACGGGAAGCCAUGGGCGGCGCGGUUGCUGUCUUUGGCCUGCGUCUCGGUCGCCGCGAAGAUGGAGGAACGCAGUGUCCCGACGCUAACCGACCUCCAGUCCGACGCCCUCUCCUUCGACGCUAAUUCCCUGCAGCGAAUGGAGCUGCUGCUGCUCGACACUCUGCAAUGGCGGAUGAACUCCGUGACCCCGUUUGAUUACUUGAGUUACUUCAUUUCAAAGUUCCGCUGCGAUUCUUCUCCAGAGGAAUCGUCGCGCAGAGCCAUUGACUUCAUUUUCACCGCCAUUAACAUGAUAAAUUUAGCCGCCUAUCGCUCGUCUGCCAUUGCUGCAGCUGCCGUAUUGGCUGCAUCCAGCAAACUGUACGCAAAGGAAGUUCUAGAGUCAAAGAUUAGCAGUGUAUCAAUGUUUGGAUCCUGCUCAGAGAAGGAGCAUGUAUUCUUCUGCUAUAAAAUCAUGACUCGAGAUCCAUCACACAAUGACAGCAAGAGAAGAAGCGCAAAGAGGCCUAGUUCUUCAACAGAGGAGCAUUCCAGCAUCACGGAGGUCAGUGACAGUGCGCCCUCCAACUUGUCCAUGAACAAAAGGAGAAGGCUCCGAUUGGCAGAUACCAACAGGAGACAACCUUGACACACUGCCAGCUUCACGAUUGCUUUUAUAUAUUUUUUCCCCCUUUUUGCAGUUUGAUUCGAUAAGUGUUCGAGUUCUUGCUCGAUCAAGUGUGUGAUAUCAAUUAAUAAGAUGAGAGUUGAAGAAUUGGCCAGGGGAAUGAGAAGAGGUGAGCCGUGUUCCAAGAGUGUGUGUGGAGUGUGAAUAAUGAGAUUAUUAGAUCUCGAUAUUCUUUGCCUGGUUAUUGAAAAGACUGGAGUGAGGAGGUACAUGAAUCACAUUCUGUAAAGUGGAAGAAAAUGUACUUGGAUUUGUUUCGUUUGAUGGAAUGGAAUUGUGAGUGCAUAUGGCGAUCA